AUGUCGGCCUCGCUACCUGGCUCGCGGGAACUCCCCGCUUCCCAGCAUGAUCUCGGAACAUAUAUGGGACGGGUGCGCCAUACAAUGGGCAUCACAGACCCCUCGACCCUUCUCGCAGGCAAGACCGGACUCGAGGCGGCCAAGAAGUUGGUGACGGAUUACAAGACUGGCAAGGUCGAGCACAUGUCGCCAGCAUUGUGGCAUGCGAAGAAGGUGGUCGACUCUACACUGCACCCUGAUACCGGCGAACCCAUCUUCUUCCCCUUCCGAAUGUCCUGCUAUGUCUUUACCAAUCUCGUCGUCACCGCCGGUAUGCUCCAGCCCGGCAUGGGAACGGUUGGCAUUGUGGGAUGGCAAGUCUUCAAUCAGUCUCUCAACGUCGCAUUCAACACCGCCAACAGUAACAAGUCGUCUCCCAUGUCGACUUCUGUCUUGGUCAAGUCUUACCUCUCAGCUGUUGGAGCUUCUUGCUCUGUUGCUCUCGGUCUCAACGCUAUUGUUCCUCGACUCAACGUAACACCCUCCACCCGCGCCAUCCUCGGUAGACUCAUUCCUUUCGCGGCCGUCGCUACAGCUGCCGGUCUCAACACUUAUCUCAUGCGCCGCGACGAGAUCGUCAAGGGUAUCGAUGUUCGACCUGUUCUGUCCGAGGAUGACAAGCAGAAGCUCGUCGCCGAAGGCAAGUCGGAGCGAGAUGUUCCCUCGCUGGGCAAGUCUCAAUCUGCUGCCAAGCGUGCUGUAUACCAGACCGCUGCUAGCCGAGUCUUUACUGCGUCUCCCAUCAUGGUUCUCCCCCCAAUGGUUCUAUACUAUAUCGAGAGUAAGCAGGCCUGGUACAAGAACCUCAUGGAGAAGGAGUGGGUGCGUGCUCGACCAGCACUGGUCAAGGGUAUUCCCCUUGGUAUCAACCUGGGUCUUAUCGCCGCCACCUCCUUUGCCGUUCUUCCCUUUGCUUUGGCUGUUUUCCCCCAGUACCAGGAGGUCAGCGCCGAAUCGCUUGAGCCUGAAUUCCACGGCAAGGGAGGCAAGGAUGGCAAGGUUGUUUUCAACCGUGGUCUGUAA